AGCCUAUAAAGGUCUACUGUGACAUGACAACUGACGGAGGAGGUUGGCUUCUUGUUUCUAACGUUGUGGUAGACGACCCGUCCUCGCGACAGCUUUCGAUUGAGUCUUCUUACCGUGAAAUCAGCAACUGUCGCGACAACAAGGCGUUGUUUAUCACGACGGAUGCCAUGAAAGAACUGAGAACACACUUGUCCUUCACUCAACUGAGAUUUCAUUGCAGUAAACAAAAAGGACGUACAAUCCACGUGACUACCGCUGCUAACAGCUCUGGUGAAGCUGUAGUCCAGUAUUUCAGUGGUCAGAUGGAUUCCCGCCCCUUAGGCUGUGGCUCGUUUAAAAGAAUGGAAGAUGAUAACUCCAGAACAACUGCAAGUUGUCGUCGAUGGAGAGAUAUGAAGUGGGGAUUAGCAAGCGUCGCACAGCAAAGGUUAAACGAUCAUCCUUUAUUUUUACCGGGGGCUACUCACUGGCGUUUGACAGAUGGGAGUCAAAGAUGGGAGUGCGACGACUUCAAGAAGUCUGGUUCAGAAUUUUUUGCGCUGUCCUCUGAUGAUUUCUGGAAAGUCUUUGUUCGUUAGGAAAUAAGAGCGACAGAUCACCUACAUCUGCUUACUUGGUCUUCAGAA